AUGCUCGCUCCAAUAUUGAAUGCAACUGCAACAAAUAUCACUUUCGUUCUCAACUCAAAGAGCAAAAAUCAAGAUCAAACUCCAUACGAUAUCCUGACAACAAUCAUUGGCGGGAUGGCAGUGAUAUUAAAUGGUCUACUUCUGAUCGCAAUGAUCAGGAAUGCAAGCGAGAUUUUCACAUCAAACGGGGCUUAUCUCGUGGCGAAUGUCGCCAUUGCUGAUCUUUUAACUGGCCUGAAUUCCUCUCUCUGGGGAAUCAAAAACUCAUUUAUGUUUUCUAAACGGCUCAAAAUUGCGUCAUUUUCAAUAUUUUGGACAAGCAUUGAAGCGUCAUUUCUCACUAUUUUUAUCAUGAGUUUAGAGAGAUACAUCGCUAUAUUACACCCGUUCAAAGCCAAUCUUUGGCUGAGUAAAACCCGGACUAUACAGAGCUGUAUCUUAACCUGGAUUCUGUCAGGACUCUGUGGACUCUGCAUGGCGUUCUACACAGAAACAGCCCCACUAUUCCUCGCAUUAUUCUUCGAAAUCACCAUCCUAGUCACGUGUUUUCUUUACUACAAAAUCUUCAUCAAACUGGCAGAGCGUCGUCAAUGUCUGCCUUUGCAAUUGAGUAGUAACCAUGGCAACAGCGAUUUACAACGAGAGUAUCAAUUAACUACAGUGGUUGCAGUAUUAACCAUGAUUCUCAUAGUGACGGUUCUACCAUACAUGAUAGCAGGGCAAAUCAGUGUUGCGACAAAAAACAAUCCAAGUCUUAAGUUAUUUAUUCACUAUUAUUUCCCAGUAGAACUGACAAACUUUUUGCUAAAUCCUGUCGUCUACGCCCUACGUCUGCCCAAAUAUCGUCAUGCUAUCCUCAAGACACUACGUGGAUGUCAGACUAUAGAACAAUAUGACUAA